AUGGACUCCGAAAGCAAGAAAAAGUGUACCGAUGUCGUGGAUCAUUUCUUCAAGCUCGAUAGCUGCGAGCCCUUCCGCGAACGUGUGAACUGGGAGGAAUGGGGUCUAUACGAUUAUCUUCAGGUGGUUAAGGAACCCAUGGAUUUGGGAACGAUUCGUAGUAAAUUGAGUAAGAACGAGUACAAAAAGGCAUCGGAGUUUGCACGAGACAUGCGUCUGGUGUGGAGCAAUUGUAAACUAUACAAUCAGGACGGCUCCGACCUGUAUCUGCUGGCUGAUGAACUUGCUAAGAAGUUUGAAGACCGUGUCAAGACAAUGAAGUUGGAUGUCGGUCCUGUGCCAAAGGCUGACAAAAGCAUUCCAGCUCCAAGUCUGGAAGAGAAGAUAUACUUCAGUCAAAACAUAUACAAGAUUGCACCUGAGGACAUGGGCACUAUUGUACAGAUGUUAGAGGAACAGUGUCCGAAGGCACUGGACAAGAGCUCACCAGACGAGCUGGAUGUAGUCAUCGACAACAUUGACAACAAGACGUUCCGUGACCUAGAGAAGUAUGUGCUGGAGAAGGUGCCUGAGGGAAGUCGCGAACCAAUUGUUACGCCCAAGUCCUCGAAGAAACAUCGACGACCACCUAGCAAGAAGACUAAAAUUGAGGUAUGA